AUGAGCUAUGUUUUUCGAUUUGAGGAAGGAAUCGAUGAGCUGGACGAUUUCACAAAAAUGGCCCGUGAAAGAGCGGACAUCGAGGCUAAAUAUGGUAAAACUAUGCAACAAUUUGCCGAGAAGUGGAAAGCUCACGUGGAUCGGACAGUGCCAUCCGGAUCGAUCAAGAAAGCGUGGAUGGAAAUUCUUGAAGAAGCCGAUGCGAUAUCUGUGCAACAUAAUCGGGUCAAAGAUCGCCUAAUGGAUGAGGUGUUGAAAACACUGGCUUUAUACCGAAAAGAGAACUACCAUCCAUCGGCGUUUCGUGCGCCGAAAGAAAUUCGUGAAGCUGAGGAAGGCUUUGAGCGGGUAGAUUUUUUGCACUGA